UUUAACGAUAACUUAUUCCUGUCAGUUAGUGAUAAACCAUUCUAUGCGAAAGUUGCUUCUAAUGCAAGCUGUUUUUUAAUCAUAAAUAAAUUUAAUAAGUAAAUAAAAUGAGAACCGAAGUACCAGAAUUUCAAAGGUGUUGUUUUUGCCUGCCAGUGAGAUAUGGUCUGCUUAUAUGGGGCUAUUUGGUUUUGAUUCCCAACAGCCUUUUGGUGCUGGGUGACUUCUUUGAAUGCUUGUACUUGACGAGGUACGCGUUUAAUUUCCACUGGUUGAUAAUCGUCAGGUUCACAGUCACUUUCGCCAUCAAGAUCUUGAACUUCAUCUUCACGUUUCUCCUCAUCGUCGCUGCGCACAAGAAAAACAGUCGACUGCUCAAGAUAUACUACUGUUGCGAACUGUAUGCGGUCGCGGCCAUGUUCGUCAUAGUGAUCUCCGACAUGGUGUUCGACCUGAUCGACAUGUGGGAGUAUGGAUACAUCUGGAAAUAUAUUCUCUGGCUGACAUUAGUUGGAAUCUUAUAUGUUGGUCUACAGCUGUACAUCCUAGCGAUCACUCGCAGCGAGAUCCUGAAGCUGGACAGCCACCAGCAGUUCAGGUUCACCAACAUCGCAGCAGAAGCCGAGUGCCAGUACUAUGCCAAACAAGAGGACAUGCACACAGCCAGGCAAGAGAACACACAGACAGACAAGGAAGAAGACGAGCAGCUGAACAUUGAUACCAUGAAGAAUAACAUAGAAACUGUUUAGAAGAGAAGCAUAACAUAGCUCACGACUAUACCCUAAUUGGGAUAGUCAGAGGUAACUAAGUAUCCACACCUCACCGAGCUUUCUGUUAGACCAACGUGAUAGGUGGAACCAUAUCGCCAUCUAUAAUGGUCGAGCCAACUGUAUUAGUGAAAAAUGCACUCCUUCUUUCCAUCGUGCGGGUUAUGAGGUGGUAUACCUAACUCAUCAACACUGGUGUCAGGGUUAUUACUGAGCCGCCAAAGGCCCCUGACAUGGUAAAACUGCACUUACAAGAGAAGGAUGCAACGAUAGUUUGAAGUUUCUAUUUAUAUGUGAGCUUAUCUACCAAUGGGCGCAGAAUGAGAUUCAGUGUUGCCCUCUGGAUAAAUAAUCGCUGAACUCUGGCCUUUUUUUGAUGGCCUGCAGCAGUCGUGUAGAUAAGUAUAUAAAUAUUGUAUUUUAGUAGGUUAAGAUAUAAAUAUUGUAUUAAACUGUGAAAGUAAAUGUAUGUGUGUCGUAGUUUCUCCGAAAUGGA